GCAAAAAAAAAAAAAAAAAAAAAAAAAAAAAAAUUAAAUAAAUAAAUAAAAAAAGUCUGUGCAGACUUCCUAUCAAACUAAAUAGUUCUAAGGAAAGAGGCUGGUUACUCCAAACAUCUGUGCAAAGAAGAUUUUUUUUUUUUUUUUAAACAGCAUGAUGAACUUUCUGGCUAUUUUACACUGUGUGAUACUUAUUUCAUUGUGCGCAAUACUUGGAAAACAUCGAGCGAACGCUGGCAUGUGCUGGUUGCAGCAGGGACCGGAGCAACGCUGUGAUAUGGUGCUCAUGAGGGGCGUGAGCAGGGAGGAGUGCUGUGCAUCUGGCCGUCUGGACACCGCCUGGUCCAAUACCAGUCUGCCCAUCAAUGAAGUCAGCCUGCUGGGAUUCCUGGGAAUAGUUUCCUGCAAGCCGUGCAAAGACAACUGUGAAGGGGUCAACUGCAGCCCUGGAAAGGUGUGCAGGAUGAAGGCAGGACGUCCGCAGUGCAUAUGCUCUCCAGACUGUUCCAACAUCUCCACUAAACAUGCCGUGUGUGGGAGUGAUGGGAACUCGUACAAUGAUGAGUGUGCGCUCCUGAUGGCUCGCUGCAUAGGUCACCCUGACCUGGAGAUUAUGUACCAGGGGGAAUGCAAAAAGUCUUGCUCCAAUGUCGUAUGCCCUGGUACACACACCUGUGUGACGGACCAGACCAACAGCGCCCACUGUGUUAUGUGCCGCACUGCGCCAUGCCCGAUGCCCAUGGUCACUGAGCAAACCAUCUGCGGCAAUGAUAACAUCACUUACCCUAGUGCCUGCCACCUGCGUAGGGCUACCUGCUUUUUGGGUCGCUCCAUAGGAGUCCGCCACUAUGGACACUGCAGAAGUUAUGAAGGCAGUGAGGAAAAUUCACUUUUCUGAGGAUGUCAGCUUUACUCAAAAUAAAUUCUGCUCCAUGUACAUAUAAUGAAGGCACAUAUAAAAUGAAAGAGCCUGUUUGAAACCAUAUAGUCUCACAACAGGGUCCUCUGUACCAAAGAACUGCUGCUGUUAUUAUAAACACAUGCAGUAGAAUAUUUAAACGGAAACGUAUGCCUUUGCUUCGCCUGUCUUUGUUUUAACAAGUAGAAUUGAACUGAUGAACUGACAAUGUGUAUAUUGUAAAUAUACUAAAAGCUACUAUUUAUUGGUGAAAAGUAAUGAAGUAAUGAAGUCAGUGUUAUUUAUGUUUAACACAUUUAAGACCAUAUUAUCCAUAGAUCAGUUGCCUAUAUCAAGGUAUUUAUUGUGUGUUUUCAUGUACAUUAUAUCAGAAGUGAAUAAUGUCAACGCACAUGAUUCAGUCCUAUGUAUGCCAGACUGAGUACAUGGAUAAAAACUGCACUAAUGCCAGCAAUUAUCUUUUUGACAAGUGUUGUCAUAGUAAGUGUAAGGGAAACUUACCGCACUUAGACACACUCCUCGUUGAGCUAAUUUAUGUCAUAGGUUGGAUACCAGGGCACCACAGCAAACAUAUAUAACCAAAAACCACUGAAAUACCUUCUUGAUCAUUCUGUUAGUCUAAAUACUGCUUAUCUAAAAUGUGCCUCUCUGAAGGAAACCAUGUAGCUGCACGGUUGAAAUUCUUAUGGACAUGGGAGACUAUUUACUCACUGAGAUAGUGUUAUGCAUGUACUGUUUGUGUUCAGAAGGAUUACUCAGCCAAAACAGCAACACUUCCAGGCCUUGUUGGUGUGGUGUUGGCUACAUUGGUGUGAAGACCAAACUGAGCCACCCACCAAGCAAUGAAAUUGAUCACAGUCUAAUGGCAGCAGUUUUUACGAGAACACUGAGAAAGUCAAAGAAUGUACAGUACAUUCCACUGUUUAAUGAUUUUCACAUUGUUGGGCUAUUUUUUAUUUUAUUUUAUUUUGUGUAUUAUGCAAGUUUUUCGGAUAAAUUGACCUUGUUAUAUAUUGAACUGGCAAAAAGAAGAAAUUCAAUGACUAGACGUUGUAAACACUCUGUCAUGUUUUUAUUCCCAGUAGUAAAUGGUGUGGUGUUAUGUGAAUAAGAGACAGAUGGUUUCACAGUUGUACUUUUGUAAAUGAUCAUUGUGUUUGUUACGAACUGUGCUGAAAUGCGUAACCUUUCAUAAGAGAUUUUAACCUGCCUGUAAAUAGAGACCUUUUGCAGUAUUUGAAUGUAUACUGUUAAAUUCAUUUUUAUCAAUGCAUUGCUAUUUUUAUAAUGAUUUACUUACAUUCCAUUUUUUAUUAAAACACAAAAUUAA